AUGUCUAAUGGAAUAAUACAGAGUAAUGAUUCUGUUGAAAAUUCUAUGAAGGAUCCAGCUAUGCAAGAGACUCCCAUCGCUGAUCAUCUAAUGAUCUCCAAUGAUGUCCCACACGCGACUGAUGGGAGUAGAGAUAAUACGAGAUCUAUAGGGAAUGGAAAAGUCUUCUCCAAUGACAAUGUUAAUGAAAAUAGUGGCGAUUAUUAUUCUUCACCUCUGGUUGAUAAAAAUCGUGAUAUGGAUGUAUUUAGUAAAGAAUCCAAGGGAGAUGAGAUCGAACAUUUGCCGCAAUCACCUCUAAGGCUUAAUAAAAGGACACCUGAUCUAGACAAGAUUGCAGAUUUCUUUCGAAACAAUAGGACUCCCAAGCAGAAAAGACUUCUAGCUCAGUUUGAAUCUUCAGUGACACAAGAUACUCCGGUUUCUCAACGGCGGGAUCAUUCUCCUCUUCGACUCAAGAGUAAUAAAAAAUCAUCUAGUACCGAAUAUGUGAGAAAUCUACAUAGUGUUGAUGAUGAACCUUCUCUAGAGGUGACAGAAGCAGAUAUUCAGUAUAAUUUGAAUGCGAGCAGAGAGGGAAAAACUCUAGAGUCACAAACAGAUUAUGAACAUACGAAUAGAUUGAAAUUUUUUGGCCAAGGAACUCAAUCUCAGGAAAAACUACAGACUCAAGGAAUUCAGGAAGUCGAAAGUUUUCAUCAUGAUAACGAUACAAUACAGAGACCAGAUAACGAUUACCAUGAACAUACCAAAAUUUCCUCAAAUGAAAAAGAUCCUGAUGUUUUCAUGGGGAAUAAAACCAACGAUGAGAAUAUGUGCCAUGAAGAAACUCGUGUAAAUGAUACCACUGACGGUGAUAUAUCUGUACAAUGGGUCUUCAGGUCCAAUAAAAAUGAUCAAGAAAAUAGUAACAAAUCUACUCAGAUAAUACCCACCGGAGAAACGCAAAAAGAUGAGAUGAAUAGCGAAUUUCAAAAUACCCAAACGAGUCUCUCACAGGCUAAUGAAACACAAACUCAAGUCGUCGCUUCUUUCAACGCUCAAGAGACUCCAGUGGAUCACAAGAAGAACGAAAUGGAGUCACCGACGCAAAUUGUUCGAUCUCCUGAACGUAAUAUGGAUGGAAACACGCAAGAAAUCCCUUCUGAACCAGGCAGAUUCAGUGGUGUUGGUGCUAUCACCGAAGUUCUGGGAACAAGCCCCGCCUCCAAGUCAAGGGAUAUUAUUGAUGUCGAAUCAAGGUCCAGUUCUCCAAGAUACAGUGUACCUUCAGUGUCCAGAAAUGAUUCGGAGCAAGAAAGAGAUAAUCAGGGAAAGGUCUUACUGCAGAUCUCAGGUAAGCCAGAAUUAUUUCCCAACUUUGAUAUCGAGCCAGGGGCGGAAGAGAAUGCAGAUAAAAACACAGCUAUUGUAAUUAGUGAAAAUGACCUUACCCAAGACUUACCUGAACUAGAAGAACAGGGUUCACAGGAAAAGAGGAAAGAACAGGAGUCAUUCAGAAGAAUCGCAGAUGGUUCAUUUGAAGAAUCACAAGAGAUCACUAAAAAAACUUGGAAAAGAAGUGGAAGAACUAGACCAACCAUUGUGCAAGAAGAGGAAGAAGAAGAAGAAGAAGAAGAGGGAGAAGAAGGAGAAUUAGACGAGAGGUGCAGAAAUCAUCCGAAAAAAAAGUUACGACGUGGAGAUACAGACCACGGUCAUCAAGUUCAGGUGCAAACACCAGAUACUAGUCCUCAGAUUGAUGGUGAAAAAUCAGCCUUAACAGAACUUCGUUCUGGAAAUGAAGUUCCAUCUGAAAGUUGGUUGGAAAAAAUUAGAGACUUCCCUCAAGAUGUUAGGAAAAGGGAGGAAGAUUUUUUAUCUAAGAAAGAUAUCAAAUUCGAGGAUGCAGUUUGGUGUCAGUACAAUCUCAACUACUGUUUUUACCCUGGCCGCCUGAUUUCAUACGAUGAGAAGGCAGAUGGUUGCUGGGUCGUCUUCGAAACUGGGCAAUCAUUGACAAAGAACGAUGAUAUAUAUUACCUGGACAUCAGGGUUGGUGAUACGGUUAAUUGGCAUGGCAGAGUUCAUAAAGUGAUAGCAUUGGAACGUAGAACUCAAGACCCCAUUGUGAUAAGGUGCAUUCGCGGUUACGAUACCAUUCAUCUCAAGAAACGGAAUGUUUCUGGAAAACUAGGGAAAAAAACCUCUGUGGUACCGCUUUCAUCGAUUAGUUUAGAUUUAAACGAAUGGGCCAAAAGACCAAAAGUAAUAUUGGAGGAAGGUUCACAUACCAGAGCCAAAGCCUUCAAGUUCCUGCAACAUCCAAUUCGUGGCAGGAAAAGCAUCACCAGUUUAUCCCCUAGGAAGGCCAGACUUGAUUCAGGAGCAACGGGUAGACUGACAUACAAAGAGGAUUCUGAUGAUGAAUCCAAUGAUAGCGUGGAUUCUGUUGGUAAAAAUGGUAUAAUUGAAUUAUCUUCUAAAUUGGAAUCGCCUGGCUUGAAAAGGAAACUAUUCAAUUCCCAGGAUCCAGGGAUCUUUAAAGACUGUUUGUUCAUAUUGUCUGGUCUUAAUGAGGAGAAAUAUGAGCUUUCAGAAGUGAUAGGUUCAUUAGGUGGGAGAAUCGUUGAUGCAGGGUUCCCCGACUUAUUUGAUUUUGAAUUUUUAGAGGAGAGAGACCAACAUAUUGAGAAAUAUACGUUGAAUUUGGGCUGGAAAUCCAAUAUAAAAUCAGAAAACCUUAGGUUUGGGUGUCUUCUUUCUACAAAACAUCUUCGAAGCUUAAAAUAUCUGGAAACUUUGGCGUUAGGAUGGCCCACUUUACAUUGGAAAUUUGUGGAACGGUGCGUCUCCGAUGGUAAAUUAUGCACGAAGAACAUACACCAAUAUCUUUUACCUUCAGGUGAAAGUUUUAGAUUAAACUCACGAAGUGAAGAUCAAUCUGGUAUAAUUAAAUCCAACGAUAUUUUCCAAUUUUACCUCCUGCUUUUGCAAAAUGCAUUACUCAAGGAUCAAAUUGGACAUAAUUAUCACGUUUUAUCCGACUACGUCGUCAUAAUUUUUGGUCAUUCAGGACUGGAUCAAUUCAUAAGAUUCAUACUAGCUUGUUUGGGUGUCAAAACGACAUUCCAAAUUUCUAGUAAAAUUGGAAAUUUUGCGACAAUCCAGAAUUUAAAUGUUUUAACGAAUUUUACUAAUACUAUUUUGCUAGGACAAGACAAUUCCAAAAUAAUUAUUUACAUCAAUGGGGACAAUGGGCUUCCAAAUGAAAUUUUAGAAGAAAUCAAGGGAAGAAUUUGGGGAGAAUUUGUUAAUGGUGGACAAACAUCUCCGAAUUUUCAUGUGGAAUCGAAAGAAUGGUUAAUCCAAACUUUAAUCAAUGGAAAUUCUGGGUUCGAUUAA